GAGAAAGAUGGCGACAGCUGAGAAGCAGAAACACGACGGGCGGGUGAAGAUCGGCCACUACAUCCUGGGGGACACGCUGGGGGUCGGCACCUUCGGCAAAGUGAAGGGGAUAGAAGAGGAGAACACUUCCUUCUCUUGUCCUUUCUGAGUCAUAGAACUGGAAAAUUGCUGUAUAGCCCACAGGGAAGCAACUGCCUAAACCUUCUUAUGAAAAUCAGCAAGGCCAACAAUGUAAGAAAUUGGCAAACAUGAACUGACUGGACAUAAAGUUGCUGUGAAGAUACUCAAUCGACAGAAGAUUCGAAGCCUUGAUGUGGUAGGAAAAAUCCGCAGAGAAAUUCAGAACCUCAAGCUUUUCAGGCAUCCUCAUAUAAUUAAACUGUACCAGGUCAUCAGUACACCAUCUGAUAUUUUCAUGGUGAUGGAAUAUGUCUCAGGAGGAGAGCUAUUUGAUUAUAUCUGUAAAAAUGGAAGGCUGGAUGAAAAAGAAAGUCGACGUCUGUUCCAACAAAUCCUUUCUGGUGUGGAUUACUGCCACAGGCAUAUGGUGGUCCACAGAGAUUUGAAACCUGAAAAUGUCCUGCUUGAUGCACACAUGAAUGCAAAAAUAGCUGAUUUUGGUCUUUCAAACAUGAUGUCAGACGGUGAAUUUUUAAGAACAAGUUGUGGCUCGCCCAACUACGCUGCACCAGAAGUAAUUUCAGGAAGAUUGUACGCAGGUCCAGAGGUGGAUAUAUGGAGUAGUGGGGUUAUUCUCUAUGCUUUAUUAUGUGGAACCCUUCCAUUUGAUGAUGAUCAUGUGCCAACUCUUUUUAAGAAGAUAUGUGAUGGAAUCUUUUAUACCCCUCAGUAUUUAAACCCUUCUGUGAUUAGCCUUUUGAAACAUAUGCUGCAGGUGGAUCCCAUGAAGAGGGCCACAAUUAAAGAUAUCAGGGAACAUGAAUGGUUCAAACAGGAUCUUCCAAAAUAUCUCUUUCCUGAGGAUCCAUCAUAUAGUUCAACCAUGAUUGAUGAUGAAGCCUUAAAAGAAGUAUGUGAAAAAUUUGAGUGCUCAGAAGAGGAGGUUCUCAGCUGCCUUUAUAACAGAAAUCACCAGGACCCUUUAGCAGUUGCUUACCACCUCAUAAUAGAUAACAGGAGAAUAAUGAAUGAGGCCAAAGAUUUUUACUUGGCGACAAGCCCACCCGAUUCUUUUCUUGAUGAUCACCAUUUGACUCGGCCCCAUCCUGAAAGAGUACCAUUUCUGGUUGCUGAAACACCAAGGGCACGCCAUACCCUUGAUGAAUUAAAUCCACAGAAAUCCAAACACCAAGGUGUAAGGAAAGCAAAAUGGCAUUUGGGAAUCAGAAGUCAAAGUCGACCAAAUGAUAUCAUGGCAGAAGUUUGUAGAGCAAUUAAACAACUGGAUUAUGAAUGGAAGGUUGUAAACCCAUAUUAUUUGCGUGUUCGAAGGAAGAAUCCUGUGACAAGUACAUACUCCAAAAUGAGUCUACAGUUAUACCAAGUGGAUAGUAGGACCUACUUAUUGGAUUUCCGUAGUAUUGAUGAUGAAAUUACUGAAGCCAAAUCAGGGACUGCUACACCACAGAGAUCGGGAUCGGUUAGUAACUAUCGAUCUUGCCAAAGGAACGAUUCAGAUGCUGAGGCUCAAGGAAAAUCCUCAGAAGCUUCUCUUACCUCAUCUGUGACCUCACUUGACUCUUCUCCUAUUGACUUAACUCCAAGACCUGGAAGUCACACAAUAGAAUUUUUUGAGAUGUGUGCAAAUCUAAUUAAAAUUCUUGCACAGUAAACCUAAAACUGCUUAUUUCUUUGAUAGCAAUAAGCAUGCAUAAUAAAUCAUAGCCAAAUGCUUCCAUUUAUAAUCAAGUUAUACAUAAUUAUAACUGAGGUUUGGCCUUCUGGAAUGCAUUUUGCACAGGGAUUGGAACAUGAUUAAUAGUGAAAAGCCUAAUGUGCAAAAAUGAAUUAAGAGAAUUUUGUCGUUCAUUGUUCAGUAAGUAUAUAGCAUAACAUAAUAUACACAGUGAAUUAUAGGUCUCUCAGGCUCACUUGGUUUUUGGCUAUUUUAUAUUUAGUGUACACAGGGCUUUGUAGAAUAUUAAUUUACCAUAAAGGCCUUCAUAUAUUAUUACAUGUUGAUGUGUUAUAUAUUUGCUUCAUAAAUUUAUUCAUUAAAUAUUUGCCUAGAACCCCCAGAGAACUUUAUAGAUGAAUUAUUUUCUGGGUUCCUUAACUUCUUAAAUAGCAAGUGUCUUCCAACUGUAGGGACGGUCUGGAUGACUCUUCCAUAUCUCCCUCUUAAUAUUCUAUAGUAUAUGAUAGGUCACAUCAAAAAUAGUAGACACAUGAAAAUUUUUCCUUUAGCUUGGUUAAGUCUAAAACACACGGAACUAAUAAAUUCAGAUACUCUAGGAACUAAGUUUUAAUUUUAACAAUUUGUCCCAAUACAUUCUGUAUAAAAUUGCUCUUUUUGUCACAAGACCUGAGUUACAUAUACUGUAAAUAAAUCAUGUUGUUUUUGCCAAUCUCACAAAUUUCUCUCCUUAUCAUGUCAGUCAGUAUUGAAUGUAUGCAGACACUUCUUGUCAUUCGAUUACGUAUCUUUUAAAUCGAUUCAGUGCACGGAAAGAACAUCUCUUACAAACUUUAAAAGUUCAGAUGAGUUCUUCUCCCAAAUUUUAUCAAACAUUUUUAAAAACAAAAAUUGAAAGCUAUAGGGUAUAUACAUGUGUAUCUACCAGUUGGAUUCAACACUUGUUAACAUUUUGCCAUAUUUGCUUUAUAUCUAUAUAUGCAUAUACAGUUAUACACGUAUAAACAUAUAUCUGAACCGUUUGGAUGUUGCAGACAUACUCAUCACUGCUCAACACUUCAAGCAUGUCCUAAAAAUAAUAUUUUUCCUGAAAAAACAAUCGUAUUAUAAAAUUAAUAAUUCCAUAAUGUCAUCUAAUCAUGUGUAUUUAGUUUUCCCCAGUCGUUCUCCAGGUUUCUUUUAUAGCUGGUUAUUUCAAACCAGAUCCAGUUAAAAUUGCAUUUGGUUAUGUUUCCUUAGUCAGGUAUGACAUUAUUUUGAUAAAUACGGAACAGACUGGUUAGUUCUUGUAAAUAGUCACAAUUGUUUUUGGAUUUUAAUUACUUUUAAAAGUAGCAUUAUGGGAACCUCCUAAAAAUGUUUAAUCUUCCUAAGAUUUGAUUUAUAUUUUCGUUUUCUUGCUCUUAGUAAUAGCAUUACAUAAUACGUGUAAAUGAAGAUUUAAAGUCACCUCAGAUAAAAUUGGUAUUGUAUAUGCUAAAAAAAUAAGUAUUACCCAUAUUUGCCUUACAUUAUUUUAACUUCAAGAAAUUGAUUUUUUUGGUAUUAAUCAUUUUUCCAUUGCGACAGAGCUAUCCUUUUUUGUCUUUUCAGACUUUAUUAAUGUAGGGUUGUUUUUGGCAAAUACAGUGUGCACCUGUAUAAUUAGGUAAUGAUGUACUCAAAUGUCGUGAUAGCUUGCAUAGUUACUAUAGCUGUAGAUUUGGCUCCAGAACCCCAAGAAACAUGCACUGAAUUCAAAAGAAAAAUCUUGGCUUCUUUUUGUCCAGGGCUUGUUCUAUUCAAUUAAGAAUCUGAAAGCUGUAUAAAGUAAGAGGAGUUCCAUUUAAAUAUAAGUUCAAAACUGUAUUUAUAACUUGUAUGUGGCCCUCUGUUUUGAAGAUGUUUAUUUUACAUAGGCUCUCUAAGUGCAGCAUUAUUCCUGAUGUUAAGAACAGGAGACUGUAUUUUUAAAGUUAAAAAUUUGUAUAUAGAACUAAGACUUAUAAUGUCUCUAUAAGCUGUUGUGGGGAUGGGGGGAACAAAAAGAACCAAUUAAAUAGGACCUUCUAAAAAUUGUUAAUUUUGUAAACUGCUUCUUUUUAAGUUAUUGUGAUUCCUUUUAGUUACUGAGUUUUAUUUUGAAGAUAUUUAAAUAUUGCACUUGUACAAAUAGUAUAAUAAAUGCACAGACUAUUGCAGUAAAUUCUUUUUUAAGCUGGGAUAUUUGAAAUGACAACUUUUGGUUGAGUAUGUCAAGGUUGCAUCAGAAUUUUCAAAAAUUCAUUGUAGUUUGCAAAUUCUUACUAAUUGAAGAUGUAAGGGAGUCAAUACAAAUGAUUUUUAAUCUUUUUUUAUUUUUUCAGCAAUUUAUAUUUUUUGUGUUUUUAUGCAACCAUAUUUUUACUUUGUCUUGACAACUGAAAGAUGUAUAAGGUUUUUGCCAGAAAUGUACUGUAUACAUAGUUUUAAAUAUAACAGAUUUUACUGAUAUGUAAAAAUUUUGCCAUGAAAAUAAAUGAUUUCUCACUGAGAGGAACUUUUCUACCAGGUUGGGGGAUAUGGGAGCUUAAUAUAUCAUAUCUAAUUUAAAAUAAUUUCACUGAAAUAAACUCCAUUGCUUUUACUUUGAUUAUA